AUGUUUAAACCUAACUUUUUAGUUUUAUCUAGAAUAUUCAUCAUUCUUGUUGGUAUGAUCAAAGCAGGCUACUCUUUUAUGUUAAUGAGUAAUUAUACAAAUACACUUUUUUACAAAUACACUGGAACUUUUUUUGCUGGAUAUAUCUUGACUUUAUCUUUCUACAAACUCAUUUCAAGGAAUCUUAUUCUCUUAUUUGCUGAAUUUCUCUACAUUUUGAUGAUGAUUAUAAUUCCAUUCUCUUCUAACGACUUCAGAAUUUAUGGGUACUUGUUUAGUGGUGGUUUUUGCUUUUUACUUUAUCCAUUUUAUUUUAAUGAAAAUUUAUUAAAAUGUGAUCAAAGAAAAUCUACCAUUUUAUCAUGGAUUUUCAUGGGAUUAGGAGCGAUAUAUUUUUUCUGGCUAACUUACCAUUAUCAACCUAAAUAUAAUUUCGAUACAAAUGUUUGGACCAUUUUAAAUAUUUUAAGUUAGUCUGAUGAAAUUACUCCUUAUGUCUUUGGUAGUUUCUCAGUACUGAAUAUUUUGCUUAUCAUAUUUUAAAAAGGCAAGGAAACGAUUUCAUUUUAUAGACUUAAAUAAGAUAAAGAAAAAAUAGUUGAACUCUCUAGUUUUCUCUAUAAAAAAACUUAUAUUGAUAAAAUUGAAUAAGAGUUUAAUAUCGAUGAUGUAGAAAGCACAAACAGUCUUCUUUUAUAUGAUAAUAACAAUUAAAAUGAAAUCAAUAAAAAAGAAAACGGUGGUAUUAGUUAGUAUCUAUUUGAUUAGUGA